CGCUGUGUUGAAUUCACUUACGAAUGUAGAGUUGCUCUUGUUGCAAACAAAGAGAGUCGGGUGCGUGUGCAGAUUCCAACUGGUAGCAUUUACAGAGUCGGCACGUAAGAGGCAUAAACCGGUGUGUUGUCGCAGAAUUAGGAAGGAGAGAAAGCGGGAGUACAGGUUGCGCUACACAGGCUGAGAACAGUUGGGUGAAGUAAUAGAGCAGGGUUGUGGAAUGGCUCCAGCAGGGGAGGUGGAGGCUGAGGUUCGUGCCAGGAGGGCCGUGCUUCCCAAGGGUCAGCCCCGCGCAGAGGGCCCUGCGUGUGUGUCGAGAAACGGCACUGCCGUUCCUUCGACCGAGUUCCUAAAAAGCGAUUACCCAGACUUCUUCUUCAACAUCACCAACACCUGCGACAAGGAGGCCCUCAAGGUCAAAUUCAAGCGCAUCUGCGACAAGUCCUGCAUCCGCAAGCGCCACAUGUUCCUCACCGAGAAGGUGCUCAAGGCCAACCCCGGCAUCUGCACUUACAUGCAACCCUCGCUGAACGUCCGUCACGAUAUCGUGGUGGUGCAGGUGCCCAAGCUCGCCGCCGAGGCCGCACAGAAAGCCAUCAAGGAGUGGGGUGGCCGCAAGUCCAACAUCAACCACAUCGUGUUCGCCACCACCAGCGGCGUCAACAUGCUCUGAGCCGACCACGCACUGGUCAAGCUGCUGGGGCUGAAGCCCACCGUGAAGCGGGUGAUGAUGUACCAAAUAUUGGAACUUUAGAUAAAAUAUCAAAAAUCCUUAUUAAUAUGAUUUUAUUUAUUUAUUUAUUAUUAUUAUUUAAAUUAAAAUUCAACUAUUGACAAAAAUUCA